AUGAGCUGUACUACCAACACUACUAGAUCGAAGUCAAAUAUCCCACAGAAAUUAGGUCUAAUCGUUAAUGCUAAACAGACUCACUACCCAAUUGAAUUAUCCAACUCAGAGCUAUUAAAUCAUUUUAAUGUCAUUAAUGAAUAUAACAAUGACAUUUCCACCAACUCAGUCCAGUUGUCUAAUAAAUUGAAUCCCUCUAUCAAUUUAAUUAACCAACAACCUGAAAUGAUUCCACACUUAACAAGAUAUGAUAUAUUAUCAUUUUUAUUUGAAUUAUCCGUUGUGACAAGGGUCAUUCCAGGUGUUUAUUAUCAUGCUGUUCGACUUUACGAUCGUUAUUCUUCCAAGAGAAUUGUCUUAAAAAAUCAAGCCAAAUUAGUAGUAGCUACUUGUCUUUGGAUAUCAGCAAAGACCCAAGGUGGUUGUAAUCAUAUCAUUAAUAAUGUAUGUAUCCCAACUGGUGGUAGAUUUUAUGGGCCAAAUCCAAGAGCACGUAUUCCUAGAUUAUCAGAAUUGAUUCAUUAUUCAGGUGGUGAAUCCGUUUUUGAUAAAUCAAUGUUCAUUCAAAUGGAAUCUCAUAUCUUAAGCACUUUGGGUUGGGAAGUGUCAGAGCCUUUAAUAAAUGAUUAUUUAUUAAAUGUGGAUGAAAAUUGUUUAAUUCAAUAUAAAGUUUAUCAAAAGCAAUUAGAAUUAUUCAACAAAAAAAAGAUUGAACAACAAUUAAAUUCAAAUUCAUCUUCUAGUCCGCAAAUCAAUGAAGAAGAACAAGAAGAAGAUUUAGAUUUGCAAUUAAAAAUUCAAUUGAUAAAUAUUAAAAGAUUUCUAAUAGACUUAUCUACUUGGGAACUAGAGUUUUUAAGUUUUAAUAUUUAUGAAAUUGCUUUAAUAAUUUUAAAAUUAAUUAAUAAAUAUAUUAAUCCAUCAAAUUUUAUUGAAUUUGAACAAAGUUCAAUCUUAAAUUUACCAGAAAUUUCCAUUGAUAAACAAAAUUAUUUGAUUUCUAUUUUUGAAUCUUUAUUAAUAAAAACAAAUAAAAUUCCAGUUUCAUUAUAUGAAAUAUAUAAAGAUCAAGCUGGUAUUUGUGAUUUUAUUACUUUGAUUAAGAAAUAUAAUGAUUAUAAUUUAUCUACUACUAAUAGUAACACAGCUACAAUUUCUUCAUCAAGUAAUACUGCAUCUAUUAACGUAAUAGAUGGUUCUCCAUGUGGUUAUAAUACACCCGAAAAAAAUUCUCAUUAUCCAACUCAUACACUUUCUUACACAAAUUCAUCGAUGGAUUUCAAUCUUUCAUCCACUUCAGACAUAAGUAUAUUUAGUCAUUUCGAACAACCUUCUCCAAUAACGCCUUAUCCAUCAAAUACAACUACAAAUGUCAAUUCAACAAUGAAUACUAAUUCUAGUUUGAAUAAUGCCCUGGCAAACCUACCCUUAAAAUCAAAGCAAAUCAAUAAGAGUAAUUCUUCCUCCAUAUAUUCUAAUGACUCACUAAUAACUUCCACCACAAGUAUAGCAAAUAAAGAAAAUAUACAACCAAUUUCAAACACUAAUAAAAUAACUAAUAAUUCUAAAAUCCCUAAUAUUAUAAAAAUUAAUAAUUCUAAUAUAUUCUUAUCUAAUUCAGAAGAUAAAUUUACUUUAAAUAAUAAUAGUACAACUUCAUUACUAUCGAUACCUACCCCAAAUUUAUCCUCAUAA